AUGUUCCGCUCCACCCUGCUCGUCGCCGUGACGGCCCUCUCCAUCGUCGUCAGCGCCCAGAACUACUCCACCUCCGGGCCACUCACCAUCGACGUCAGCCAGAUCGAGGUUCCACUCCGUCAGUCAUGGUGCCGUGCGCAGACCAGCUCUUGUCCGCAGAUCUGCGGUGGUCAAGCUCAGCCCAACACCUGCGACCAGGAAACCCUCGAAUACGUCUGCACCUGCACUGACGGCAGUACACCCAACAUCACCAACUACGACCAGACCAUCCCGUCCUUCAUCUGCGCCCAAUGGAAAGCGAACUGUGUCGCCAACCACCCCAUGGAUUUGCCUGGUCAGACCGGUUGCUUGUCUGUGACUUGCGGCAGUGAGAACGCUACCAGCGGCGACUCUACCGCAACCACAUCCUCAGCCUCUGAGACCAUGACUGCCACAAGCACCGGCUCUGCCAGCGAAGAGACUGGCUCCGAGUCUGCAUCUGCUUCCGAGCCGGCUGCCUCCGCGACCGAAUCGAGCGCAGCCAUCGCCCUCAACAUGGCUCAGCAGUACGGCACUGGCAUCAUGGGUGCAGGUCUCCUUGCAGUCUUUGGCCUCGCCUUGUAA